ACACACACACACACACUUCCCUCCCCUCUGUUCCUAAUAGCCGUCACCGUACACCAGGGUUUAGUCUAAGCUCGACAAAUACAUAGCCGAGUAAGAGGCGUGGAAUCACGGAUGGAUAGUUUUCUGCUUUCUUUGACAGCAUUUCCAAAGGAGGACUGGAGAGUCAGAGAUGUCCAGCAGGAGCUAUACCAGCUUCGAGUGGAGGAAACCCAUCUUCGGUCGCAUGGAUAUUUGAUAUCUGACUGUUAACCCGCAGUCAAUGAAGACAAGGAAAGGGCACUGCUGUGUUCUUUACCCAACCAUAUCUCAUCAGAUGCUACAUAGCAUUUUAAGUAGCAGUGUAUUAUAUCGCUCUCCAAGACGAGAUGGAUUUGUUUUUCCAGCGACACUUUGGUCGACGUCAAAAAAGACAAAAGCAUUUUGCUGCAGUGCGUCACAAAUGUCCCUCUGUUCAGGCCAGUAAAGCCAGGAGGCGCUCUAGCGUUGGUCUGCCCUCUGUAGCAUUAGUACAGUCCAGACGCUCCUCUGUCGGUUUGCCUCUGGUUUGCCAUGACCAGCGCAGGCGCCCAAGUGUUGGCUUACUAGUGGCCAGUGGACAGAAACGACAGUCUAUCAUCGAGCUUGGGCUAACAAAUGCAAGUGAAGGACCAGGAAGAGGAACUGAGACAGCAGAGGGGGCCACCAAGAAAGGAAGACAUCGUCCCUGCUGCUCAGUCUCCUGUGCACGUCGUUCUAAAGUGAAAUCUAUUGAACCUCAUUUACUGGGAUCCUCUAUGUUACUGGCAAGUGUAGUGCAGAUGGGCACAGGACUGAAAAAGGAAGAAGAGGAUGAAGAGGACCUGGAUGUCUCUCCGUGCUCCUGUUCUGAGUCAGGUGAAGAAGAAGAGAGCGAUAAAGAAGCUGAUGAAGAAAGCUUCACCCUGGCAGCUCACAGGCACCUAACGCAGGCUGUGGUUACGGAGAACAUCAAAGCCCGGCCCUUGCUCUGGCCUCCUCGCUGUCUGAGACGAAAUUCCUCACACUUGCUUCCGGCAGACUCCGUGUUUCAGGAUAACAAAGCAGGGUUCGGCGUCUACGGCCGAUAUAAUCCAUUAGAGUCGAGUCACAGUACAGCAAACUUGACUAACGCAAUGUCGACUUCCGUGACCAGUCCCAGCCUUGGGCAGCUGGCUCCAGCAGGCCUGAGCUUUGAUGUUGGGGCAGCUGCAGCAGAUGCUACCUCAUCUGGCUCCAUGCUCCAUAAAAGCUGUUUCUCACCACUAGAUGGACCCCAGCAAAGCAUUUAUUACGAUCCUUACCAGGAUACAUGGGACAACUUCCUCUCAAAAGCCAUAGCUAAGUCCGGUCUGCACCAUCUUCCCUGUCAGCCCAGCACUUCCUCUCUGACCAGGACCGACCCAGAAGCAAACAUCUCCAGCACUGUGGACUGGACUGAGGUAGCUGUGUAUGGAGAUCAUAUCUGGUUUGAAACAAAUGUGUCUGGAGACUACUGCUAUGUGGGAGAACAGCACUGUAUUGCCAGAUUACUGCAAAAGUCUGUCAGUCGAAGGAAGUGUGCUGCCUGUAAGAUUGUUGCUCACACCGUCUGCAUAGAACAACUGGAGAAGAUUAAUUUCAGGUGUAAACCAUCAUUCAGGGAAUCAGGAUCCAGAAAUAUUCGAGAGCCUAUUGUGGUUCGCCAUCACUGGGUGCAUCGGAGACGACAAGAAGGCAAAUGCAGACAGUGUGGGAAGGGUUUCCAGCAGAAGUUUGCUUUCCACAGUAAGGAGAUUGUUGCCAUCAGCUGCUCGUGGUGCAAACAGGCUUACCACAACAAGGUUUCCUGCUUUAUGCUGCAGCAAAUUGAGGAAGCUUGUCCAAUGGGUGCUCAUGCUGCCCUCAUAGUUCCACCCACAUGGAUAAUUCGGGUCAAACGCCAUCAGUCAUCGAUGAAGUCCAGUAAAAAGAAAAAAAGAACAUCGUUCAAAAGGAAAAGCAGCAAAAAAGAGGAGGGGCGGCAGUGGAGGCCAUUCAUAAUCCGUCCCAUCCCAUCACCACUUAUGAAACCCCUGCUUGUGUUUGUCAAUCCCAAGAGUGGAGGAAACCAGGGCACUAAGAUUUUGCAGUCCUUCAUGUGGUAUCUGAACCCCAGACAGGUGUUUGACCUGAGCCAAGGAGGACCAAAGGAGGGUUUGGAGCUGUAUCGUAAAGUCCAUAACCUAAGGAUCCUGGCCUGUGGAGGAGACGGCACUGUGGGUUGGAUCCUAUCGUGUCUUGAUGAACUGGCAUUAACCCCCCAGCCUCCGGUUGCUGUGUUACCACUUGGGACAGGAAAUGACCUUGCUAGGACCCUUAACUGGGGAGGGGGCUACACAGAUGAACCUCUGUCUAAGAUCCUGUCUCAUGUGGAGGAGGGAACAGUUGUCCAGCUAGACAGGUGGAACCUCCUGGUUGAACCAAACCACAGUGCAGGGGCUGAGCCAGAUGAACAGCAAACUGAUAAGCUUCCUCUGGAUGUUUUCAACAAUUACUUCAGCCUUGGAUUUGACGCCCACGUGACUCUUGAAUUUCAUGAGUCGAGAGAGGCCAACCCAGAGAAGUUUAACAGUCGUUUCAGGAAUAAGAUGUUCUACGCUGGGACGGCGUUCUCAGAUUUCCUGAUGGGAAGCUCCAAAGACCUGUCAAAGCACAUCAAAGUGGUGUGUGAUGGAACAGAUUUAACAUCAAAGGUUCAGGACUUGAAGCUACAGUGCCUGGUCUUCCUCAACAUCCCCAGGUAUUGUGCAGGCACCACACCAUGGGGUAACCCCAGUGAGCAUCAUGACUUUGAACCUCAACGCCAUGACGACGGAUACAUCGAAGUUAUCGGAUUCACAAUGACUUCACUGGCUACUCUUCAGGUUGGAGGUCAUGGUGAGAGGUUGAACCAGUGCAGAGAAGUGAUCCUCACCACUACUAAACCUCUCCCGGUGCAGGUGGAUGGCGAACCUUGCAGACUUGCUCCAUCAGUCAUCCAUAUCAGCCUCAGAAACCAGGCCAAUAUGGUUCAGAAAACCAAACGACGAACCUCUAUACCACACCUCAAUGAUCAGCAGCCGGUCCCGGAGAGGCUGAGGAUCAGAGUCAGCCGGAUCAGCAUGGCUGACUACGAGGCUCUGCACUACGACAAGGACAAACUACGGCAAGCAUCCAUUCCUCUGGGACUGAUCGUGGUUCCUGGUGACAGUGACUUAGAGACCUGCAGAGAACACAUCCAGCGAUUACAAGAGGACUUCUGCUCUCUUCAUCCUAUAUCUGUGGGACUGCAGGAGGAGGCAGCCAAGCCGAAGAAUCUUUGCUCACAGAGAUUGUCCCCAAAGUGGUGUUUCCUUGACUCCACGACAGCUGAUCGUUUCUACAGGAUAGACCGAGCACAGGAACAUCUCAACUAUGUAUCCGAAAUCUCCCAGGAAGAGAUCUUCAUCCUGGACCCUGAACUUGUUGUCAUGACAACUGUAGGCACCUCCCCCUCAGCCAUGGCUGACCUGGUUAACCCCACCCCUAGCCCAGUAAACAGCAGGGACAACACUUCUAGUCAGAGCUCCACUGAUGUUUUAGUCUACACUGCUGCUUCCUCCUGCGACUCACCUUCAUCCUCUGUUCCCAGUUCUUCCCCAAGGCAGCACAUGAACAGUGACAGCACAGAAGCAGAUGUUUUGACGCACAACAAAGAACCUGUGACCAGCAAACUCAGCCGAGCGGGUUGUAUCCAUCGUUCCAACAUAACGGCUGCGGAUACUAACCAAAGGCAAAGAUGGGAAAAGAGCCAAAAGAUGAGCGAAACAGAAAAGGAGAGAGAAAAAGAGCUGAACGUGUACCUGACAAGUCUGUGUGGAAGACAGAGAAAAAUGUUAAUGGAUUGUGUGAAGAACAAGGACUUGAAGAAGUUGCAGGAGCUGCACCUGAAGGGAGCCGACCUCACCGUCCUGGACCAGUCAGGGUGGAGCUUGCUACACCAUGCUGUUAGUGCAGGGAGCAAGGACAUGGUGCGCUACAUCCUUGACAAUGCACCAAGUGAGCUGAUUGAUGUCACUGAAAAACUACAUGGGGAAACGGUUCUUCAUCAGGCUGCGUCGCUGUGUCACAGGACUAUCUGUCAUUAUCUGGUAGAAGCAGGAGCCUCACUCAUGAAAACAGACCUGCUGGGUGAUACUCCUAAGAACAGGGCGGAGAAGGCUCAUGAUGCUGAACUGGCAGCGUACCUGGAGAACAGACAGCAUUACCAGAUGAUACAGAGAGAGGAUCAGGAAACAGCUGUCUAAAAUAUUUGAACUCUCCUUGAACUGGACAUGGAUGAAGGUUUUGUCUCCUUCCUCAUAUUGACCAGACAGAACGCGUUUAAUGCCUUUGUGCGAGCUGAACUGGACACAGAUUCCAGUUUACUGCUGACAGCCCUCAAAAACAGAGUGAAGCUGUGCCAAACAUGGUUUAAAUAGGAGGGCUUGCUUUAACUGCGGUGAAGCUACGCACAUUUUCAGAAGUUUAUUAAGUUGUUUUGAUAUUUUGAUGUUAAAUAGCUUAGUAAGAAUAAUAAUAUUGAUUAAAAAAUCUUGUGAAAUCCUCUGACUUGGAACAUCAGUUUGGGGAAUUGGGAUUGUGGGUGGGGGUUUGAAGACUCAUGUUAAUAUGAUAAUGAUUGGGGGGGAAAGGAAUUUAGUUUAUUUCCUAUGAUUAUUAAAUAAACUACAGACACUGUAUGUGUAUAGAUCAUAGAUCAUACUUGAUGCAGGCCGGAGCUAGACCGAUAAUUAAAAAAAAUUCCUAUAAGUUAAAUGUCCUGCUGAUUAACCUGAUUCCAAAAGAGGGUCAACGUGUUUAAUACCAAAGUUCUUUGUAGUAAAAUACACAUGUGACUAAUAAACAUGCGAAUCACUAGCUGGGUAAAAACAACACACUUUGUAGACACAUACUGUGAUCAGAGCAACAGUCUGUACCCUGAUGGUAAACAGGAUCAGCAUGCAAAGCAUAAAGAAAUUACAUAUUUUCCAAUGUCGAAUUCUUUUAUUAUUUUUUUUUUAAAUUCAUUUAAAUUUGAAUAUUGAAGGACACAGGAAACUUUUACAUCUACCAAAUUUACGAAUGUGUGUUAGGACGACAUGUUCCAACAUGUCCAACAUACUCCGCUUUAUUUUAACAUUUAUUGAAUGUCCAACAAGGACAAGUGAGAGCAGAGCAGCCUGGACCUCACAGGGUAGAUAAUGGUGAAAAGAAGAGUUGGUCAAAACCACAAGUGUUCAUCCUCUUGGGACCAUGAAUACCUCUAGUUCAUUUUAUGAAAAUUAUUGGCAUCAUCAAUAUAAAUGCUGUUAGAUUAAUACUUGAACUAAGCCUUAAAACAUUUUCCAGUUCUGUGCUUUUGUUUCAUAAAUGAUGGUGAUGUGUUCAUAGAGGUUUUACUAAUAAUACCAUUUGUAGCCAGAAAACUCAAACUGAUGGCACUACCCUCGUGAUUCCUCUUGAAUAAUUCCAGCACAAAUAACCACAUUAAUGAACGUAACAGUGGAUUGACAGACGUAUGUUGCUGCUGCAGUAGGUGGCACAGGAAGACUGCUGUACUGUGUCUGAAGUGUCACAGACGUCAGUACCCCAACAUAACCUGCAGGAAACUACCAAUGAGUCGAGGCUUUACCUGGAGACACAGUCCUUUCCAGGUUUAACGCACAUGUAUUAGAACUGAUCUGUGCAUACUCGGUGGGUUUGCACAUUGAGAGUAAGUCACCACUGCUGUGAUCAUGAUUUGGUAGAACACACAACACUGGCUGUUAUUAUAAGACAUAGAUCAUAAUGCCCUAAAUAUUUAACACAUCUAGCACUAAAGCCUUCAUGUCUUUGAUCAUUCCUAUCACAUUGUUAAUAAAGCUGAUUCACCACAAGCAUGUCUGCCAAAACCAUUGACUGAAAAAAUAAGCAGUGUGAUUAGAGUGGUUUUUCAUUCAGUGACUGUGGGGGAGGUGUUAUAUUAAAGUAUAAUAAUGUCAGAUUAGAUCAAAUCGAUUUUAGUUGAACAAAUAAAUAUAAUUAGAUAUAACAGAUGAAGCAAUUAAGAAAUAUAUUUUGGAAUAUUUACAUCAAGUAAAAUUGAUUUCAUCAGUGGUUUGCGACUGCAAGUGAAGAUGUAGCUCAUCGAGAGCUCCCAUAGUUUCAUCAAUCUUUAUUACUUUUUCUGUGUAUUUUAAAAGGCAGUAAGUAUUAGGCCAUUCCCCUAGCAAAGAAAAGAAUGAUGUGUUGUUUUUAAAUAUGUUUCAAAUGAAUAGCUGAGUAAUUACACGUUGGCACAAUGAUGCAGUAGUUAGUACUGGAAGAUCAACAGCAUAGAGAUCAAGAAAAUUAGUGUUUUUUGUUAUGUAUGAAGAAAAAAGAUCAGCAUUAGAAAUGACUCUAAACAUAGUGAGGACAUCUAUAAGUAACAAUGUUACCACUCAUUACAUGGCUCUUUGAUUGAUUUUAGUUUUAAGUCCAGAUUCUCCAGGAAUACUAAAAUAUUUGAAAAGGAAACAGGAAAGGCUAGAAGCUCUGGGCUUUAUAAUUACAAAAUAAAGUUUUUCACACUGCUUUGACAUGAAGAAAACAAUGACGUGCAGAAACCUGUCUAUUUUAAUGUUAGUUUACUUUUGGGGGGAUUUCAGUGACUUUGUUAAAAGUCAGUGUAUUAUAGAAUUUACUGUACAAAGUUUAGACCGGAGCGCAGCACCUACUGAAUACUUUCAAACCAAAACCAAAAGUCUGUGCCCAAUUUUACUGACUUGACUUUUUUGGUUUGUUUUGUCUGUAACUUUCAGCAUUUGAACUUUUUUGAUGUCUUAAGUUUAGCUUUGCAUUGGAAUUCUUGUAACACAGUGAUGUAAAGUUAGGAUUUUUGUUUUUCAAUCAUCUGUUGCCAAUGUUGUUUUUUCCAAGGGAAUUGUUUGUUGAAACAUUUGUAUGAAAUAGUUUAAUUGCAAUUAUCAACAAUUAUGUGUUUUUUUUAUCUUUCAUCAUUUGGUAAAUGGCCUGUAUUUGUAUAGCGCUUUACUUAGUCCAUAUGGACCCCAAAGCGCUUUCCGAUAUGUACUAAUUGGUUUUAACUCCAGUUUGUUUUUGAGAGGAAUGUAAAAAUAAUAAAACAAAGAAGAAGAGGUUGUUUGUUUUUUCAUGGUGUCUUUUGCUUUUUGCAUGUAAAAGUACACCCAGUAAAGCCAUUAAAUUUUUCAAUUUC